AUGGGCAGGAAGAAGUCUGGAAAGUCAUCACUGUCCGCUUCAAAGCCCACUGCGGCCCCAGGCGCGCGCAUCAACAGAAUGGAAAUUUACGAGGACACCCUCGAGCCAGGAAGCGUCGACGACUUCAUGUUCAAGAGGGACCAGAUUAGUUUCAACCCCCAGGAUGAAUCGGAAGACGAGGACAUCAACGAAGACGAGGGCGAAGAAGUUUUGAGCUUGGAGGGCGCCCGCCGCCGUGCCCGUGAGGAACAGGAAGAAGAGUAUGACGAGGAUGAAGAGGAGCAGCCGGCUCCUGUCAAGAAGGGUAGAAAGGAGAAAGUCAAGGUCGACGCCUCCACUCAGGGUCGAUACGGCAAGCCCAUCGUCUCCUCCGAUGAAGAAGAAGAGGAAUCGUCCGGCUCGUCGGAUUCCGAAGAUGAGAACUGGGGCAGACAGUAUUACUCCAAGCCAAGUAACAGGCGUGAGAAGGAGAAGGAGGGUGAAUUUGGAGAUGAGAAGAGGGAGGAGGAGAGGGACAUGGAGGAGAGAGAAGUCAAGAGAUUGCAGAAGAAGCAGAGAGAGGUCUUGGGUGGCGAUGAUUUCGGUAUGGAAGACCUUGAAGAGCAGCCUUUGGUCAGCGAGGUGUCUCAAGACGUCCUUGACAGUCUCUCUGUGGCCGCCCCCGCCGCGCCCAAAACUGCCGAUGGCCCUGCUCUUCUCCGACAUUUGCAAGCCCACGAGCCUCUCAAACUUGCCCUCACCAGAGAUUUCCCCCUCGUCGUGCAGAAGCUUGAGAAGACUGCUCGAGGUAUCAAAAAGAUGGAGGAGACGCCAGAACAUGAAGCUGAGCUGCACAAGGGCCUCGGAUGGUUGCAUUACCAAACACUUUUGACAUACGCCACUACCCUCGCCUUCUACAUCCAUCUCGAAUCUCUCCCUGCGUCCGACCGCCCCGACAUUCCCAUCAUCCCUCGUCUCUUUCAACUCAAACAAGGCGUCACCAUGCUCGAAGACCUCGACUUUGACGCUGCCUCUUCCUCUGGCGAAUCCCUUGUCCUCUUUGACCGAUUCGGAGAUCUGGAUAAUUGGCUGGAAAGCGGUGAUGACGAGUUGAAGGAGGGCAAGCUGGAGUUGAUCAAGAGGAUGCAGGCUGUCAAUGGGGACGGCGAGCUUGUGGGUCUGGAAGAUGACGAGGAGGCUGAGGAUGACCUGUGGCAGAACGAGGGUCUGGAUGAAGAUGAGCUCGCGGAGCUUCUUCAGGACGCUGGCGAGGAUGCCGAGGACAUCAAGGCUUUGGCUGCCAAGGACAUCAAGGCUUUGGCUGCCAAGUCCUCGAAGAAGAAGAAGGAGAAGAAGAGCAAGAAGAGCAAGAAGAGUGCCGAGGAAGUCGACUUUGCGGCCCUGCUUGAAGAAGGCGAAAAGCCAAAGAAGUCCAAAAAGACCAAAGACUCCGAGGUCUCUUCUUCGACCCCCGCUUUUGCUCCCCUUGCCGAACCUGACUUCUUCCCCUCCAAGAAAUCCAAAUCCAAAUCCAACAGCGACAACUCCGACGUCCUUGGAGACCCCACUGCCCUCACAGAUGCCGACUACACCGAUAAGCAGAGCAGAAAACGCUCUCUUGCAUUCCACACCUCCAAGAUCAACUCUACUCUGGCUCGCCGUGCCGAAGGUCGUGCAAAGAGGAUGGGAGGCGAUGAUGAUUUGCCUUAUAGGGACAAGAGGAAGGCGAGGGACGCUGCUUUGAGAAAGAACGGACCGAGUGCGGAGGGCGAGGAUCUAGAGGAUAUCAGUGCUGGGGCAGAGAAAACAAAGAAGCGGGCGAGGGACGAGGAUGCCGGAGAUGGCGAAGGAGACGGGGAAGCGAACGAGGCGGAUGGCUAUUACGAGCUGGUCAAGAGACGGAGAAGGGAAGAGAAGGAUGCCAAGCAAGCAGAGCAUGAUGCUGCAGAGGCCGAGCUUCUUGCUGAGCGGGCAGCUUACGAUGACGAGUCCGCCGAUGGUCCUCGCACCAUUACCCGUGCCAUCGAGAAGAACCGUGGGCUCACACCACGUCGUACCAAGACGGGCCGUAACCCUCGUGUCAAGAAGAGACAGGCGUACGACAAGGCGCAGAAGAAGGUGGCGAGUCAGCGUAGUGUGUACAAAGGUGGUCAGUCUGCGUACGGAGGAGAGUACAAGGGAGAGAAGACAGGUAUCACUCAGGUGGUCAAGUCGAGAAAGUUCUGA